AUGGAUGCUCAACAACAAUCCAUGUACAACUAUUCUCAGCAGAUGGAAUCAACUGAUCAAAUUCCCAUUUCUUCUCAACAAAGAAUUGCUACUACUGGUGUCGUUUCUACCCGAAUCUACAAAGAACCUCACAUUCUAUACCUUGAACCUCAUAUUCAUCUUGCCAUGCCCUUUGACAAGCUUGAAGUGUUGUGCGAAUCACUGGUAGACUUUGACAACAUGAAGCACAAUGGCAUAGACUUCACUGAGGAACUAAGAAUGCAAGGAUGGGAAACCUACUUCCAGAGACUCUACGACCCUGUGUACACUUAUCUGGUAAAGGAGUUCUGCCGUUUCAUAGAUGCAGAUGACCAUUACAUCGUCUCAUACAUUCUGGGGGUCAAGAUGCCACUUGCUUCUUCUCUUCCCAAAACCACUUCCAUAUACACCCAAUCAGAAACACCACCCUCUACCUUCAAAUCCUCUAAUCCAUCUUCUCAAAAAUUCAAUCUCGCAACCACUACCUUACCCGUUUCUGAAGCAGAAAUUCUGAACGAAACCACCUCAUCGUCUUAUUCUACACCUUCAUCCCCACCAUACUACAUUCUCUCAUUAGACACCGAACCCUCUGACCCCCAAUCCCUCACACUAGCUCAACUUCAGGUGCAUGCUCUUGCCUCACACCAACCACCACAACCUGAACCAAAAGCCACCUCUCCACCCCCUGAACAACAAAAUCCACCACCAUCUGAACAACCUCAAACAUCACCUUCUAAAAAACCAGCAACUCCACCCUCUGAACAACAACCCACAACACCACCUGCACAAACAACACCACCACCCUCUGAUAUUCCCACCAUACCAACCUUUGAAGACAUCAUCAUCCCUACUGAAACUCUCGCUGACACCAACCAAAUCAUCCCCAUCCCCCAACUCUGA